UGCAGCUAUUUGUCGCUGUUUUGGCCAAACACGAAACUAUCCCUGUCGCAAUUAUCAAGUAUAUUCAGACAUUAAUAAUUAUUUUAAACGACUAUGCCCGUUGUUCCUGUAACGAACUAACUGCUCCCCCAUCCUGCCUUCAAGGUAAUGCGAUCAAAAAAGGUUUCGUUUUACUUUGAAAGUGAAAGUGACUUUCCCAGUAAACGCGAGAUAUGCGUGUCGUGAUGUGCAGGUAUGCAGGUUUUACUGUGUAAACAACAAUGCAAGAAAUGGCUGCAGGUUUCUUUUUCCAUACUAAAGACAGCACUUGUGCAAUUCUCAGAGGAUAAUACAGACUGGCAUUAUCUGAUCUUCCACUCAUGAUCAUGGCAUCGGACACUGAGCCACUUGCACCACAAGUGGAGAACCCCCCGCCGCCCGAGGUCACCAAUGUCAACAAGUUAGGGCGAAGAACUAACCAGCUUCAGUUCUUGCGGAGUGUAUUGGUGAAGGCUGUGUGGAAGCACCAUUUUGCCUGGCCUUUUUACCAUCCUGUCGAUGCUGUGGCUCUGAAAUUGCCAGAUUAUCAUACCAUAAUAACCAACGCUAUGGAUUUGGGAACCAUCAAACAAAGACUCGAGAACAAUUACUAUUGGAGUGCCACUGAAUGUUUGCAGGACUUCAACACCAUGUUCACCAACUGCUACGUUUAUAACAAGCCCACAGAUGACAUAGUGCUGAUGGCUCUCAGCUUGGAAAAGAUUUAUUUGCAAAAAGUUGCACAGAUGCCUCAGAAAGAAGUAGAGCUGGUGUCUCAUCCAGCCAAAGGGAAAAGUAAAAAAAAAAGUUCAGGUGGACUGGAGGCCCUGCAGACAGAUUCUUCACAGGCCAACACCAAGAAAAGCUUGAAGAAGAGGAGCGAUUCGACCGAAUUGAACGACUCACCAGAAAGCAAGAGAAGACGGCAAAUCACCGAGCUUUCCAGCCUCUUUUUUACCAGUGAAAAAGAGUUAACACUUCAAGACGGUGAGACGAUCCAACUGAGCAAACAACUGCGAUGCUGCAAGGAGAUUCUGAAGGAAAUGCUCUCCAAGAAGCACGCAGCCUACGCUUGGCCUUUCUACAAGCCUGUGGAUGUUGAAGCAUUGCAGCUGCACGACUAUCGUGACAUCAUCAAGUGCCCAAUGGAUCUUAGUACUGUCAAGGCAAAACUGAACAGACGGGAGUACCCAGAUGCGCAAAGAUUUGCUGCGGACGUCAGGUUAAUUUUCUCCAACUGUUACAAGUACAACCCCCCGUACCAUGACGUCGUCGCCCUGGCCAAGAAGCUUCAGAGCGUGUUUGAGAGGAAAUUUGCUGCCAUUCUAGACGAGCCCAUCAGGAGCACUUCGCAGGUGGCCCACGGUCCGGUUCUGGGUGGGCUGACCACAGUCUCGUCCACUUUGGAUAAAUCGGAUGAACAAGGCUCACAAUUUGCUGAGUUCCAACAACAGAAUGGAGGUGGCGACUAUGACGAAGAAUCCCCGCAACUGACGUACCACGAGAAGCACCAGCUGAGUCUGGACAUAAACAGACUAUCGGGCAUAAAGCUGGGCCAGGUGGUACGCAUCAUUCAGAAACGGGAGCCGUCCGUGUGCGACGCCAACCCUGACGAGAUCGAGAUCGACUUUGAGAGUCUGAAACCGUCGACUUUGCGCGCACUGCAGCAAUACGUGCGUUGUUGUCUGUACAAGAAGUUCAAGAGAUUUCAGAAGAAGAGGUGUCAAGUCGGAGCUUUUCAAAUGGAAAGCAGCAGCAGCUCCUCAGAUUCCGACGUCAACAGUUCUUUGGAAUCCAGUUCAGAAAAUACUGACUUGUGAAAGCGACCCCCUCCCAUCCUUUGACGUCUCCAGAUUACAUACGGUACAAUCCUAAGGCCAAGUCCUUACCUUUCAUUUUUUUAUAUCGUGAAUCUUUUUUCUCAAAUCGAGCUUGCGU